AUGAAGAUCCUGGGCGACUCGCUGCCACAACCGCGUGAUCUGGCGCUCACUACAGCCAAAACGGACUGCACAGACCACGAUCUCUGCUUUGGGCGGCUACAGAUCCACGCUCGAGCGCAGUCGAGCUGCUACGACUUCAGCACGCUCUUUUGA